AUGUCGCAAGCCAUGAACGACGAGGAGGUGCUCACCGAGCUUAAGAAGAUGGUCGCCUUCAUUCGUCAGGAGGCCGUUGAGAAGGCGCGCGAAAUCCAAGUCAAAGCAGACGAGGACUUUGCGAUCGAAAAAGCCAAGAUUGUGCAGAAGGAGACGUUGAGCGUCGAUAACCAAUUUGAAAAAAAAAAGCGGCAAGUCGUGCAAGAACAGAAGAUCGCCAAAUCGAAUCGGUGCAACAAGGCACGUCUCGAGGUGCUCAAAGCGCGGCAGGAGAAUCUCCAAACACUGUUUGAGAACGCGGCGGAGCAGCUGACCCAACUUACUGAGGACCAGGCCAAGUACAAGACGCUUCUGCAAGAUCUCGUGCUGCAGGGCCUUCUCGACAUCAACGAGCCCGAAGUACAGGUUACUGCACGCUCUGGCGAUGUACAGCUCGUGCAAGGAAUCCUUGACGACGCGACGAACAAGUACAAAGAGGCGACGGGGCGUACCACCAAGGUUCAAGUCGUCGACGGCCUGCCCCAGGAUAGCAAGGGUGGUGUCAAGCUUGCCGGUAACGGCGGUAAGGUGUGGGUAAAUAACACACUAGAGCUGCGCCUGCAGCUCUUGGAGGAGUUUAUGCUUCCUGAGCUGCGCAUGGACCUAUUUGGCCCCAACAAAGAGCGCAAAUUCUAUACGUAA